AUGCCCUCGGACACGCCACCGCCAGCAGCCGCAGCCUCAUCCACGCAGGUGUCCCAUCCGUCGUCACCAGCGCCACCACCGCCGCCACCAGUCGCCGCCGGGAACGAUCCUCAACCGAAGCAGGAGCAGGUCAGCAACCGAAGCCGAACCGAAGACCCGGAGCCAGGAUCCAACUCGUCGUCAUCGUCCAGCUCGUCCUGUUCGACGAGCUCGUCUUCCUCGUCGUCCUCGCUGUCGACGCUCUCGCUAAAGCAUCGCUCCCUGCUGGAGCAGGAGCCGACCGCGCUCGUGAAGCUUUCGCCCCCCGCGUCCCCGCUCGCCAUGGAGCACCCGUCGAUGCAGCAUAACGUCAGCAAGUCCACCGCCAGCAGCCCGCGCAGCCCGGGCCGGCAGCCGACACCGCACCAACCACAGCACGCACCGUCCCCCUGCGGCCCCGGAGACCGUGGAUCCCCGGGCGGUGGUGGUGGUGGUGGAAGCGGAGGCAGUGGAGGCAGCACCGGUGGCACCGGUCAACAGUUCUGUCUCCGCUGGAACAACUACCAGACGAACCUGACGAGCGUGUUCGAUCAGCUGCUCCAGAGCGAGUCGUUCGUCGACGUGACGCUCGCCUGCGACGGCCAGUCGAUGAAGGCCCACAAGAUGGUCCUGUCCGCCUGCAGCCCCUACUUCCAGACGCUCUUCUUCGACAACCCGUGCAAGCACCCGAUCGUGAUCAUGCGCGACGUCAGCUGGGCCGAGCUGAAGGCGAUCGUCGAGUUUAUGUACAAGGGCGAGAUCAACGUGAGCCAGGAGCAGAUCGGUCCCUUGCUGAAGGUGGCCGAGAUGCUGAAGAUCCGCGGGCUGGCCGAUGUGGACACCGGAGCCGGCGGUGGUGACCGAGCCGGAGCCGGCAGUCGGAGCGGCCUGGAUCCGAUGGACACGGAUCCGAACCGGAGCGCCGACUCGAAGCUCGUCAAUCCGCUCGCCAUCGUCCACAGUUCACUGCUGGCGGCGGCAGCGUCGGCGAAUGGAGCCGCCAGCGGUGGUGGAGGCAACAGUACGGCGACGGCAAGUGGCGGAUCGACGAAGAAGCAAAGAUCGUCGCGUGAUCGCGACUCAGCCAAAGACCACCACCACCGACUGGACACGUACGGCCCGGCGGGUGGUGGAUCCGGCGGUGCGCGAGAUUUGUCCCGCGAUUCGCAUCUUUCACCGCGCGAUAUGGUGGCGGCCACGGCAGCAGCGGCAGCGGCCGCAGCCGCAGCGGCAGCCGAGUGGCCCCUCGGGGCAGCGGGACUGGAGGCGGCGGCUGCAGCGGCGGUGCAGGCCUCGACACCGAAGAGCGCCCGGAAGCGCCGGUGGCCGUCCGGCGAGCGGAGCAGCAUCGGAAGUCCGGCCGACAGUGCGCCCGGUGAUGGCGGUGGCGGAAGCGUCAGCGGUGGCCACGAGAUCCCAUCACCCAUCCCGCCCACGACGUCCGCCGGGCAGUCGGGUGGGGCGGCCGGUGCACUGGCCACGUUCCCGCUUCCGCCGGCCCUCGAUUCGGCCGCCAUGUCCGCGAUGUCGUCGCUCUCGUCCGCGAUCACCACCAACCAGCAUCCGGACGAUAUGGAGAUCAAGCCGGGCAUCGCGGAGAUGAUACGCGAGGAAGAAAGGGCAAAAUUACUGGAAAACUCUCAAGCCUGGCUUGGCGCAUCGACUUCGUCCAUUGCUGCGGAAAGUUACCAAUACCAGCUGCAGUCGAUGUGGCAAAAGUGCUGGAACAGCCAGAACCUGAUCCAUCACCUGCGCUUUCGCGAGCGCGGCCCGCUAAAGUCCUGGCGCCCGGAAACGAUGGCCGAGGCCAUCUUCAGCGUGCUGAAGGAGGGCCUGUCGCUAUCGCAGGCCGCCCGCAAGUACGACAUCCCGUACCCGACGUUCGUGCUGUACGCGAACCGCGUCCACAACAUGCUUGGCCCGUCGAUCGACGGCGGGACCGAUUUGCGGCCGAAGGGACGCGGCCGGCCGCAGCGCAUCCUGCUCGGCAUCUGGCCCGACGACCACAUCAAGGGCGUCAUCAAGAGUGUCGUCUUCCGCGAUGCCAAAGAAAUGAAGGAGGAGCCCAUGAUGUACGGAAGACACUCUCCUUUUCCCUUUCAAGACAACAACCCCCUGAGCUACCCGUCGAGCGCCCCGAACGGCCAGCUUUCGGCCGCCGGCGCCGCUGCCGUCGUCCCGGACGGCAUGUCGCAGGACGCCCUGACGGCGGCCACGGUGGCGGCUGUUCGGCAGCAAAUGUGCAACAUGGUGGCCGCCGCCCAGCACCACCCGGAUGCGGCUAACCUGGUGGCGGCCGCGUCCGGCUUCAAUCUGCCGUCCCACUGUGCUACCCCGUCGAGCCUCAGCAUCCACCCGUCGGCUGCUUCGGCCGCCGUAGCCGCGGCCGCUGCAGCCGCCGCGGCCGCUUCCGGCCCUGGCGGUUCCGGCGGUGCCGGUUCGUCCGGUGCCAUCCCCGUGCCGAAGAUCGGUUCCCCGGCCGUACCCUCGUCCGCCGGUCUCGGCGGGGGCAAUGCUGGGGGCGGUUCGGGAGGCAUUCCGAUGCCACGCCUCGGAUCGCCGGCGGGCGGUCAGACGAAGGAUCACGAUCUACACGGCAGUUCGCCACUGUCUCGCGGAACUCCCCCCGGUGGCCGGUCAGCAGGUGGUGGCCGUUCCGGCGCGGAACAGGGUAGCCGCCCGACUCUCCAAAGCUCGGCUUCAUCCACGUCCGUCAAUCACGUUCACCAUUCUCACCUCCAAACUCACCACCAUCACCAGCAACAUCAGCACCAUCAGCACCAGCACCAACAGCAGCAGCAUCAACAGCAGCAGCAGCAGCAGCAACAGCAGCAACUUCCCCACCAUCAUCACCAGCACCACCAGCCCCACCACGGCGGCCACCACCCACUGGCCCAUCUGGUUGGGUCGGCGGCCAGUUCCGGCGGGCUCAGCAUAACGAAGCUCGGUUCGCCCGGGUCGGCGCACGAUCUGCGCAUCAGCAGCAGCCCGCAGGACGAGAGCCCUCUCGCGUCUCCGAUCGGCGGCCUGGCACUCGAGCCGGCCGUCAACCUCGCCCUUGGAGCCGCCGGCCGCCAGACACCAGACGAUGGGUGCCGCAGCCUGGUGCCGCCACCGUACCGCAGCAAACCCCCGUCCCGGGGUGGAGCAGGAGGUACCGGGUAUGGGUCGUGCGGCGGUGCGUCCCCUCCGCGCCCCGAGCAUCUCUUCCAGGAUCCGGACAUUGCGGCGCUCGUGGCCAACACGCGCAUCUGCCCGCCGUCCCGGGCCGCCAGCACCAUCACGACCACCACCACCGAGUACCGGGAGGCAUCCGUGCGGCCACCGACCGCCAUCAAGGUCGAACCGCUGGCUGAGUGCCGCGGGGACUAA